AUGGGGAAGGUCACUGUCCGGAUCCGCCAAGUCAAGAAGUGGAAAGAUACCGGGUUGAAGAAGGCGAGGGAACUGGAGAGGUUGGCGAAGCUCCUGACGAUGAAGAACCAGUAUGAACAAGGUCAUGCACGCCGACAGGCCCAGCAUGCCUCGAGCGUCAGUAUGGGUAUGAAGGCCCACAGCCAUCUGGCUGCCGCGCAGCAGACCAUCUUCGAGGUGGCGUUCGUCCGGAAGAAGCAAAAGCGUGCGGAUAAUGAGGAGGACGGUGAGGAGUUGCCUCCGGCGAAGAAACGGAAGGCGGACGACGACGAAGAUCGCGACGCGGAUGACGACGAAGAAGAACGCGACGCCAGCGAAGAAGGCACCGACGAGGACGGUGAAGGCACUGCUGCCGUGCCCGCUAAUGCGCAGUGGACCACACCAACAUCCUCAAGCAAAGGAUUUGGAUUCGUCGAUUCGGAGAGUGAAAGUUCGAAUUCAACCAUGUCAUCAGCCCCCGAACCCGAUGAGCCAGAGGAGGUGUCGGAGACAAAGCUUCGCGCCUCCCUGCAAGCGCUGAAAGGAAAGAUGUGGGAAGUCGGCGGCGUAAAUUUGGCCAUCAAGAUGCGGCGUAUGCAGCGCGCAAUGUUGGCGCGCCUGGAGAAGACGGGUCCAAUCAUAGAGACGGCAGCGACGCUUAUCAGCGAAAACUGCCUGGUGAUCACUGCGGAGAAGCCUAAAAGCUAUUUCGCGUUCUCAGACGAUGAGUGGGUCGCGGUACGGGGAGCGUUCGCGCAAUACCGUCUGAAGCUAGAUCAUGCUUAUGAGGCCUACGCCCAUGGCGAGGUUCAAAGGAUGCUCACCGCAAGAGAUCAGCGGCUACCAUAUCGCGCGUUGAUCCGAGGGGAAGGCACGCAGGAGGACCACGACGUCGCGUUGCUCCUUGAUCAGCUGAACAAAAGGCUUCGAACGACGAAACCUGAUAGGGGGGUGCACGAAGCCACAUGGUGCUGCAGAUACAUGUUGCCCUACUUUGAUGUGCUGAGCCCGGAGAUGGUUUGGAAGUACGACAACGGUAGCCACUACGGUCCCAAACGCCCGGACUUUUCAAUCGCCGACGAUAAGGGCAUCGGGCUCGCCAACUUUGAGGUCAAGUCCCCAUGGGCCACAGACGCUGCGAAGUACCAGGAUAUCGCUCGCACCAUCCACCGCGGGAUCGAUGAGAUGAAGCUGGACCUGCAGACGUGGCGACCGAAGCGUAGCCCAGCCAGGCUCUGCGUGGCGGUGGCAGCGGAGCAAGGGACGGUGUUCCAACUGAUGCUGCACAAAGGCAUCUUCGUGGCGGUUGAGAUAGGCGUGUGGUGGUUCCCCACAGCGCUGCAAAUGCAUCAGGAGUGGCAGGUGGCGUCGUCUGUCGCUAUGGCUUGCGCGAUCAUGAAGCGAGCUGGAUGGGUGCGCAGGCAGGCGGCCCAGUACGUGAGGCUCGGGGUAAAUGCGCCGCGGCUGAGCAUCCUGCCGCCAGUGACACCUGUUUCUGUAGCAAAGUCGUCCGCUGCCAAGGGUGCGGCGCAAGCUGCCAAGCGUGCAGGUAAGCCGGGCGGUCCGCGUGCGGCUGUCCCCAAUCCGCGGCCCCAGAAGACGAGCGCGGACCUUCCGGUGCAGAGCGUCCAGGUCAGUGCGCGGGCAGUCAUGAAGCCUGCCAGUGGUACUUCUUCGAAGAAGCGUCAGGAGUAG